AUGAAACCAGCUUCGGUCAUGGCAAUGCCCGUAGUGAAUUGUGACGAUCUUCCACUCUUCAAGAAAUUCGGAUCCCUGCGUAAACUUCAACGUGUUCUUGCCUACGUUCAGCGAUUUCUGAAGAAUUGCCGUACCAAGAAUCCGGAGCAUCGUGUCAAAAGUAGUUGUCUAUCCGUCUCCGAGCUUCGAUCUGCUCUCCAUACAAUUGUGCUAGUGAUUCAACACGAAUCGUUGCCUGAAGAAAUCGAAAGAGUUGAGAAUGGAGAACCGUCUAAAAGGUUGAAAGCUCUCGGCCCGUUCUUGCAUAACGGAGCCUUGCGAGUGGGUGGGCGUAUUCAGAAGUCACGAAUGUCGUUCGAUGCCAAACAUCAAUACAUCUUGCCAAGGCAUCCACUCACCGAUUCGAUUAUCCGCGAAUAUCAUUUGGAACAUUUGCACAUUGGUCCGUCUGGUCUUUUGUCAGCUCUUCGUCAACGCUUCUGGUUGUUGGGUUCUCGUUCUGCUGUAAGGAAGAUAACCAGGGGGUGUGUGGAGUGUUUCCGGGUGAAGCCACAAGGUGUGGCGCAGUACAUGGGCAACUUGCCACAAAGCCGCGUAACUCCAUCCGCACCGUUUGAGGUCACCGGAGUGGAUUACGCGGGGCCCUUCCUGAUCAGACAAGCAGGUCGGAAAAGUGUUCAUGUCAAGGCGUAUUUAUGUGUGUUCGUUUGCUUGGUGACGAAGUCUCUCCACUUAGAGCUUGUUUCGGACAUGUCGACUGCUGCCUUUAUUGCUGCGUUGCAAAGGUUCAUCAGUCGCAGGGGAAUAGUCCGUGAAAUUCACUCCGACAAUGGCAGCAAUUUUCGUGGGGCUAAAGCCGAGCUUCAUGAGUUGUAUUUGUUGUUUCGUGAGAAUGUCGCUAUCAACCAGAUCGAGAUGUUUUGCCAGAAUAAAGAAAUCAGCUGGCAUUUUAUUCCGCCUGAUGCUCCUGAAUUCGGCGGGAUGUGGGAAGCUUCAGUGAAAAGCACGAAAUAUCACCUGAAGCGUAUCCUCAAAGGAACUCCGUUAACCUUUGAAGAGAUGUAUACCCUGUUGACCCAGGUCGAAGCCAUUUUGAACUCGCGACCUCUCUUCUCACAUUCGGACGAUCCCGCUGAGGGUGAAGUAAUCACUCCAGCUCAUUUUCUAAUUGGCCGCUCGUUGACGGCCGUUCCUGAGCCCUCCUAUGAGGGCCUCAAUCAAAACGGUUUGUCGAAAUGGCAGCACCUGCAACAGAUGAGGGAACAUUUUUGGAGGUCGUGGGUGCACGACUAUCUGGUGAGUCUGCAGCCUAGGGGAAAGAACUUCGUUCGCUUUCCGAAUGUUCGUCCAGGUAUAGUAGUUUUGUUGGAAGAUAAGACUCUUCCGCCCCAACAGUGGAAGUUGGGACGAAUUGUUCAUGUUUACCCUGGGGAAGAUAAUCUUGUAAGGGUGGUCGAUAUCAAGGUGGGAAAUGCUGUUUACAGACGACCGAUCACUAAAAUUUCGAUUCUUCCAAUAGAAGACAAUAGUCGCAUUGGUGGGCCUCAGGAUUCCGGCAGCGAUCGCCCGGGGGAGGAUGUUCGCAACAGCGAAGAUUUGUCGUCGACGCAGGCCGGCUGA